GGCUACUUAUCCUUGUACAAAACUGUUUACGCUCAGUCGCUAUUAAUCAUUUCCUGCUGUGUUUACAAUAAUAUCCGUUCAAGUUUAUUGGUGAAGAUAAGAUUAGGUGUUGGCUACUCGAGGCAUCUAAUUUUGAAUAAUUUAAGGAUAAAUCAUUCUAACAAAGCAAUGGAAAGCAGGAAGGAUUUAGUUAGUGUUGAAGGGGAGCCUCGCGACAAUUGGGAAGAUGUAGCCAACGAGAGUGUUGAUCCGGGGAUCUCGGUGAAAACUGAAAUCUCUGAAGAAUCAUCGACGAAUGAGUCAUCAGAUGAAAUUUCGAUCGAAUUGGAGACCGAAAAUGUAAAACUUGAACCUAAGCCCUCAUUGACGACCAUCUGCCAAGCUACUGUAAAGAAGGAAAAUCCGGGGUUCUCGGUGAAAACUGAAAACACUGAUGAAUCAUCGACGAGUGAAUUAUCGGCUAAUCCCACUAUUGACUCUAUGAUGAAAGAGAAGCCUCGUGACAAUUGCGAAGAUGUAGCCGACGUGAGUGUGGAUCCGGGGAUCUCGGUGAAAACUGAAAACUCUGAAGAAUCAUCUUCGAAUGAGUCAUCGGAUGAAAUUUCGAUCGAAUUGGAGACCGAAAAUGUAAAACUUGAACCUAAGCCCUCAUCAACGAACAUCUGCCAAACUAGUGUCAAGGAAGAAAAUCCGGGGUUCUCGGGGAAAACUGAAAACUCUGAUGAAUCAUCGACGAGUGAAUCAUCGGCUAAUCCCACUAAUGACUCUAUGAUGAAAGAGGAGCCUCGUGACAAUUGCGAAGAUGUAGGCGACGUUAGUGUGCAUCCGGGGAUCUCGGUGAAAACUGAAAACUCUGAAGAAUCAUCUUCGAAUGAGUCAUCGGAUGAAAUUUCGAUCGAAUUGGAGACCGAAAAUGUAAAACUUGAACCUAAGCCCUCAUUGACGACCAUCUGCCAAGCUACUGUAAAGGAAGAAAAUCCGGGGUUCUCGGUGAAAACUGAAAACUCUGAAGAAUCAUCGUCGAAUGAGUCAUCGGAUGAAAUUUCGAUCGAAUUGGAGACCAAAAAUGUAAAACUUGAACCUAAGCCCUCAUUGACGACCAUCUGCCAAGCUACUGUAAAGGAGGAAAAUCCGGGGUUCUCGAUGAAAACUGAAAACUCUGAUGAAUCAUCGACGAGUGAAUUAUCGGCUAAUCUCACUAAUGACUCUAUGAUGAAAGAGGAGCCUCGUGACAAUUGCGAAGAUGUAGCCGACGUUAGUGUGCAUCCGGGGAUCUCGGUGAAAACUGAAAACUCUGAAGAAUCAUCUUCGAAUGAGUCAUCGGAUGAAAUUUCGAUCGAAUUGGAGACCGAAAAUGUAAAACUUGAACCUAAGCCCUCAUUGACGACCAUCUGCCAAGCUACUGUAAAGAAGGAAAAUCCGGGGUUCUCGGUGAAAACUGAAAACACUGAUGAAUCAUCGACGAGUGAAUUAUCGGCAAAUCCCACUAAUGACUCUAUGAUGAAAGAGGAGCCUCGUGACAAUUGCGAAGAUGUAGCCGACGUGAGUGUUGAUCCGGGGUUCUCGGUGAAAACUGAAAACUCUGAUGAAUCAUCGAUGAGUGAAUCAUCGGAUGAAAUUUCGAUCGAAUUGGAGACCGAAAAUGUAAAACUUGAACCUAAGCCCUCAUUGACGACCAUCUGCCAAGCUACUGUAAAGGAAGAAAAUCCGGGGUUCUCGGUGAAAACUGAGAACUCUGAUGAAUCAUCGACGAGUGAAUCAUCGGCUAAUCCCACUAAUGACUCUAUGAUGAAAGAGGAGCCUCGUGACAAUUGCGAAGAUGUAGCCGACGUGAGUGUGGAUCCGGGGUUCUCGGUGAAAACUGAAAACUCUGAAGAAUCAUCUUCGAAUGAGUCAUCGGAAGAAAUUUUGAUUGAAUUGGAGACCGAAAAUGUAAAACUUGAACCUAAGCCCUCAUUGACGACCAUCUGCCUAGCUACUGUUAAGGAAGAAAAUCCAACAAAUGACUUGAAUGGGAAAAGGCUUACAAUUUUAAUUAAAAAAGGAUUCAAUUACGAUAGUAAUCGUAAAUUUACCACAGAAGAAGCGACUUCAACGAGACAAAUGAAAACGACACACAAGGGCAAUGGACCACUUGAAUGUGAAAUUUGCCAUAAAUCGUUUAGAAAUCCAAGUAAACUUAAAGAGCACGUGAAUCAAGUACAUGAUAAAAUCAAACCUUUCCAGUGUGAAAUUUGUCACAAAUCAUUUGGAUACAGGGGUGGCGUCAAGCGUCACGUGAAUGUAGUACAUAAUCAGAGCAAACCCUUUGAGUGUGAGUUUUGUGACAAAGCAUUUGGACUAAAAAGUGACCUUAAAAGACAUAUAAGUGUAGUACAUAAUCAGAGCAAAUCCUUUGAGUGCGAGAUUUGUCACAAAUCAUUUGGACAUAGAGGUCAGCUUAAAAAUCACAGAUAUGUAGUACAUUUGCAAAGCAAACCCUUUGAGUGCGAGAUUUGUCAAAAAUCAUUUUCAAGCAAGAGUAAUCUCAUUAGACACAGAAAAAUAGUACAUGAUCAGAGCCAAUCCUUUGAGUGUGAGUUUUGUGACAAAGCAUUUGGACUAAAAAGUGACCUUAAAAGACAUAUAAGUGCAGUACAUAAUCGGAGCAAACCCUUUGAGUGUGAUAUUUGUCACCAGUCAUUUGGAUACAAGGGUGACCUCAAAAAGCACAUAACAACAGUACAUAACGGUAGCAAACCCUUUGAGUGUGAUAUUUGUCACAAAACAUUUAGACUAAAAAGUGAUCUUAAAAGACAUAUAAGUGCAGUACAUAAUCGGAGCAAGCCCUCCGAGUGUGAUAUUUGUCACAAAUCAUUUGGACGAAAAAGUCAUCUCGCAAUUCAUAUUCAGGCAGUACACCUUCGGAGUAAAUGCUUUGAGUGUGAAAUUUGUCACAAAUCAUUUGGAUACCCUAGUGUACUCAAAUCUCACGUAAAGUCAGCUCAUGGACAGAGAAAAUUUGAAUGUUAGACUUGCCACAGGUCAUUUAGCAGCAAGAAGCGUCUCGAAAAUCACAUUAAUGCAGUACAUAAGGAAAACAAACCUUAGAAGUAUGAAAUUGAUUUAAAAUUUGUAAUCAAACGGGUUAUACGCUAUGUAAUUUUAGACAACCAUUGUCAUGAACGAUAAAGCUUUGCAAACUGUUAUCCAUUCGA